CACAACGUUCCGCGCGCUCUAGCUUUCUUUAAUGGAUUUGAGAACCGCGUUCGCGUGCUCCCUUCCCACCUACCCACACAUCGUCGUUGUGGCCCGGCGCAACUUGCACUAUCACCCCGCAACAUCUCAUUCUUCCCCCACUGGGAAACGCAUCCUAAGCCCGAUGAACUUGCGCCUGGCACACAUUUACGCCUCGUGCACCGAGAACCCCCACCCUCACUACCUCGAACGAUUGCAGCUUUAAACAGGACAAUGGCUGGACGGCGGCGACGAACGUCGGAUUCGACGACUGGCACCGUCGAACCCGACAGACGGGCCUAUGCUAAAGAACUUAGCAUUCUCAAGAGAUACGAUCCUGUGGAGGGAGACAUGCUACAGACAUUUGUUCUUGAGGAUGCCAUCGUCUGCGACAAAAAGGGCAAUCCCGUUGAGCUCUUUACCGUCAAUACCCAGGGCCCAUUCACUGUUCGAGGUCGCGUCGUCAUCGACGGACCGCAGACGGCAAGAGCCGUAAAACCUUCUACGAAAUCAGCCUUGAUCGAAACCCACGAAUGCACUCGUUACGCUAUCGGCGUUAGCGACAAUGGCUAUGGCGCAUGGGCUGGGGGCGCGGCGGGAUGGUACGAAAUUCGACCACCAUCAGCCGCCUACAAGGCGAUAUUCGACCACACAAUCGAAGGAGUUUCGAUCUACUACACGAUUCUAGACAUCAUCGAGGAGCACGCUGCAGCCAAUACGAACAAGAAGGGCCCCAAGAAGAAGAAGGGUGUAGCAAUGACCAUUGAGACGUUGUUGUUCAAGUAUGCAGUAGCCAUGGGUGAUGGUGCUACUCUUGAGGAGGUGGAACAGCGCUGCGACGAUCAUGCAUCUUUCCUCAUAUCCCAUUUCUAUGAAGAGCCAGAAUUCGAAUGGACGCCGACGCUCUUUUUCAAGUGGAUGACAGAGCGACACCCAGAUAUUCAUAAGAAAGUUCUUGAGCUCAGGAAGAAGAAACUAGCGGGUAUUAAGCCUGGUCCAUCGAUACCAGAGGACACCGAAGCUGUGGUGACGCCGACUGUUUCGGACGAGCUGCCCGCGCAGAAGGCGUUGUCGAAACGAAAGCAAAGGGGUACACCUGCCGACGAUAGUCAGACCGAUUCGCACGACUUUGCUCUCUCUGCAAGGGACAUGAGGUCCAGAUCAAGGGGCAAGACCAAGACGCAGUCGCCCUCCGCCCCCGAGCCUUUGGAGGAAGCCAUGGUAGUGGACGAGACCCCAGAGGUUCCAAACCAAACGGAACUUGUCAGAACUGUCCAUGACCGAUCCAACGUGGAUGCCCUCCUAGAAGCCAUCGACGACAUCAAGCCCGAAGCUGAGCCGUUGAGUAAAGCAGCGUUCUCCAAAGUGUCAUCAAAAUUGUACUACAAGUACAAGGUCAAAGCCUACCUGGGAGCGGCAGACAUUCUCAAGUACUAUGCGAAAGAGCUGGUUGAACGCCUGGAUCAGGAUGAGUGGAGAGGGUCUGGUUUCUGGAAAACGCUCGAGGAAUCUGCCCAAGGUCCUCGCUUCUCUCUUGAGCACAUUCAGCUUGAGCAAAUUCCUGAAGCCCUAACGCGGCGGAAGGCAAAGGAAGUAUCAAAUCCACGGAAUCGUUGGCCAUCACUUCCUGAAGAGGCCCAGGGGAGCACGGAUGUUGCAACUCCUCCUCCAAGACGUGUCGGUAGACCGGCUGGAAAGAUGUCAGGCCUUCGGCUUGCGGGCACCAGUGGUAAGCGACGCUUUGACUCCGGGGAUGAGACCCCAGAAAGUGUCUCCCGACAGGUCGCAAAGAGGUUCCAUGCCGGUGACGCUUCUGACGAGGAUGAAGUCAUGAAUGAUGGCAGCAGCUCUGAAGAUGACGAUUCCAGUGUCGAUUCUGCAGAAUCGCCCACCGCAUUAAAGGUCGUUGUGCGAGCAGAGAACAUUCCAACAACAAUACCUAAAGGACCUAAUGGCACUUGGGUCUGUGACGAGGACGACUGCGGGUUUGUCGAACGAAAUCCAGAAUCAGAAGACGGACGUAUAAGAAUCAACGAGCACAUGCAGAACGAACACUACCACGAAGACGAGAACCAGGUCCAGCGCAUCAGCUUGGCAGUGACGGAGGGUGACAAGAACCAUCUCCCCAUAGAUCACCUGCUCGAGAAGAUCCGCCAAAUGGGCCACAAGAUCCAAGCGACGGAAGAGUUGGAGAUCAAUGAGACGGUCGUGCCUCAGCCCAUCAAAAGACGGUUGCUCACUUGA